UUGAGUUUCAAGCGUUUUGCAGCCAUUCCAUACUCUAUCUACCUAGUGACAAACUGGAAUCCUACGUUUAUUGAUCUGAAUCCAUACUAUAUUGCAAUUCUCGGCGCACCUGCUAUAUUCUUCUCAAAAGUGCAUUUGGUUCUGACUAUUUCCGCUGCUUUUGAGCGAACGUUGGCAUCUUUUCUUCCGAUGUACUACCGCAGACUGUCUUUAUCUACGUAUGCGAUUAUUACGUUGCUCGUCAGCCUCAUUUUGGCAGCGUUUGAUCCUUUCGUUGUAUUCACUCUCAUAACGUUUGAACGGAAGCCAGGCUGUGCUGCACUUGGCUGCUUUAUCGAACGCAGCAACUCAUUAGCAGCAUAUUACUGGGAAACAAACACAUUGGUCAGCGGAGCUCGGUCUUUAGCCCUAUUCAAAGUGUACAUGAUCAUUCCGAAUUUAGAUAUUCAAUCUUAUAGCAGGCUUUCUAACAGUUUUGCUAAUCGCAUAUGUGCUGGGAUUUUACUAACGUCACUUGCCUUCGUUACAUCUCCAUGUGUUAUAAUGAAUAUCGUCAACAUCUGGGGCUUUUCAAUCUACAGUUAUGUCGGUCCUUUCUUCUUUGCGUUCCUGCUCUGUAAUGGGACUUUCACUAACGUUGUGCAUCUCAUGUUGAAUCGAAGCAUGCGAAAACAAGCGAAGACGUUCUUCACGGUCGGACGCUUUGCUGCGAUGGAGUCAGUAGCUCCCAAAGAACGAUUCACUGCAGCGGGGUCGAGGACUUCAAUGCCUCAUAUUUCUUAG